AUGGGGCAGGCUGAACUCAAAGCGUGUGAGAAAAUGAAAGUUUUUGCCUUGAUCUUCCUGCUGAUCAGCAUUUGCUAUGUAAAAGGUAGUUUAGUGAAACGUCAAGCCGAGGAAGAACCUCAAGUUCCAGUCUCAAACGCCUUCACUGCUCAGUUCACUGAAUUAAUCCGGAGGCUGCAACAGCAAACCGAGGGAUUCGCUUCUUCCAUCGACAAAUUUGGGCAAACGACGGUAGAAGACAUAAGGAGCCAAGUAGAGUCGGCGUUUCAGCAAUUUCACGAAAGCUUUAGUCCUCUCACCGAGCAGAUGAAGCAAAACGUGGCCCAAUUGUUCAACCUCCCUGGUCUGGCCCAGCAACCCGCCGAAGAAGGAGCGUGA